GCCGUUCUCAUGUUCUUGUUUCUAAUCAGAUCAAUCUAAAGGCUCUCAAAAGCAAUGAGCCACUAGUUUUCUGUACCAGGCAACAUGUCUGCACUCCCUCUUUCCCUCUCCAUCGUUUCUUCUUCAGCUUCAAUUCCUUCCUCCAAUAAAGACGACAGCUCAAAAAAGACAGUGAAGCUCAGAGAGGACUGGAGACAGCGCUCAAGACCCGUUCCACCAGGAGGCACCUAUCCUGCCAAAGAUCACUGCAGUCGAUGCGGGUUGUGUGAUACAUAUUACAUUGCUCAUGUGAAGAAUGCUUGUGCUUUCCUGGGAGAGGGAAUGUCUAAAAUUGAGAGCUUGGAGCCUGUGGUCCAUGGUAGGGGGAGGAGAAAAGAUUCAAUGGAUGAGAUGUACCUAGGAGUGCAUGAGAGGCUAUUAUAUGCUCGCAAAACCAAGCCCGUAGAAGGAGCUCAGUGGACUGGAAUAGUGACAACCAUUGCAGUUGAAAUGUUGAAAGCAGGGAUGGUUGAGGCUGUCAUAUGUGUACAGAGUGAUCCAGAGGACAGACUAUCUCCAAGACCUGUCUUGGCCAGGACACCAGAUGAAGUUUUAGCAGCUAGAGGUGUUAAGCCAACAUUAUCUCCUAAUCUGAAUACUCUAGCACUGGUUGAGGCUUCAGGUGUGAAGCGUCUUCUUUUCUGUGGUGUGGGUUGCCAAGUGCUAGCAUUGAGAUCUGUGGAGCAAUAUUUGAAUUUGGAGAAGCUUUAUGUGUUAGGCACCAAUUGUGUAGAUAAUGGAACUCGAGAAGGCCUAGACAAGUUUCUAAAGUCCGCAAGUAGUGAACCAGAAACAGUUCUACAUUAUGAGUUUAUGCAAGAUUACAAGGUCCACCUCAAGCACUUGGAUGGUCAUAUUGAAGAGGUUCCUUAUUUCUCUCUACCAGCGAAUGAGUUAGUUGAUGUUAUUGCUCCAUCUUGUUACAGCUGUUUUGACUAUUCAAAUGGUUUAGCGGAUCUGGUGGUUGGGUACAUGGGUGUACCCAAAUACCCUGGGAUCAGCAUGACAAACCAUCUGCAGUAUGUUACAGUCAGAAAUGAACGUGGAAGAGAAAUGCUGAGUCUGGUGGAAAACCUUUUGGAGGUUACUCCAACAACUAGCAGCGGUGAUCGUCGACCAUUUGUUAUGGAGACUGUUAAGGCAGAUGAUAAUGCCAAGUUAGGGAAGGGUCCUUCAAAACCUGCUCCGAAGUUUAUUGGGAAUUUGAUCGCUUUUGUGCUGAACUUGAUUGGCCCAAAGGGACUGGAAUUCGCCCGUUAUUCCCUUGAUUACCAUACCAUCAGGAACUAUUUGUAUACAAACCGUGCUUGGGGAAAACAAAGGGCUGACAGGCACAUGCCUUCCUAUGCCAAGAAAAUUGUGGAUAUGUACAACCAGAAUGGUCAAAUAGAUCAGAUGCUCUCCAGUAAAUGACCUAUUAUUAAAAUGUCAGCAGCCGGAAGGUUUAUAUCCUUGUAAAUACAAUGCAGGCUACAUAGGGCAUUCACAUGUAUGUAAAAUUUUAGACAUGUUUAUAUCAUUGGCUGCUUUAUGUGAUCUGUAAGCAACAACAGUGUUUUCUUGGAAGUUCAAUAACAAAAUUUCAAGUACUCAUACUCUCAUGGGGACACAUGAUACAUUUUUGCAA